AUGGGUGGGAAGCACUCUCGCAGUUUCUCCAACAAGGAGUUGAAUGAGGUGAGUGUGAGUCAAAGGAGUAAGAGUGCUGGGAGAGACGACCCGCCUAGCUUGUCCUCAGCUGCUGAGAGGAUCCGCAGACACACCACGGUGCACUUUGGCUACAGCACCCUCAGCCUGGCCAUGCGGGGACUCGACGGGACCCCCACUGAACUGUGGGAGCUCAGAGAAUUGCAGAAGCUAAACUUGUCCAUGAACUGCCUGUGCUCCCUGCCCCCUGCCCUGGGCACUCUGGACAAUCUAGUGAUCCUCAACCUGUGGGGUAACAACCUGUCCAGCCUCCCGCCCGAGAUCGGCCUCCUUAAGAAGCUGCGUGUGCUAUUUGCCUGUCGGAACCGCCUGAGCGAGGUCCCUGAGGAGCUGGGCUCCUGCACAUGCCUGGAAGUGCUCAGCCUGGCCAACAACCAGAUCACAGGCCUCCCCAGCAGCUUGGCAACCAUGCACAAUCUGACCAAACUCAACCUUAGCCACAACCGCAUCGCUCACAUCCCCACCUGCGUCUACAGCAUGAAGGGCCUGGUCUUUCUCCACCUGGCUUGCAACCGUCUGGAGACCAUUGCGGACCAGAUCCAGGAUUUAGUUAACCUAAAGAUCCUCAUCGUGGAGGGAAACAGUAUCCACACACUGCCUAAGACACUGUGCUUCCUGGAGUCUUUAGAACUCCUCAAUGUUGACUUCAAUGAUUUGCAAAAUGUGCCAGUGGAAAUGUACCUACUGAGCAGGCUCAGGAGGUUAGCCUGCCACCCGCUGGAUAAAGGACUUCAUAUUAUUCACAACCCCCUCCUCAAGCCUAUCCAGGAGGUGCUUCAAGGAGGACUCAGUGCCCUCUAUAACUACCUCAAGCCCACGUGA